GCAGUCCGAGCAGUCGUGCCAGUCGUGAGUCGCGAGCAGUCGGCAUUGUCGGCAGUGACCAAGUGACGCUCGAGCAGUGUGGUUGAUCGUUCGCAAGACGGAGGACGGAGUCGAGGUCUUGCUUGCGCGAGUGACGCGACGAACGUCAUCGAAGGAGGCCCGAAGGUGUUCCCGCGUGCGAUGAUCGCCUUGUGAUACCUCGCGUGUAUCCAGCAGAGCAGAACUCGAGCGAGCGUGAGGAUUCAGCGGGGCCAGGGUGAAACGCCAAACGCCACGCGAUGCACAGGACUAGUUUAACGAGCGCGAGCGCGAGCGCGAGCGCGGCCGUCCAUCGGACUUUGAUAGGCGCCGCCGUGACGCGCAACGAUGUUCUUCGGCCCCUGUUGCUGUUUCUGCUGACCUUGUCCAGCCUCGCGAGUCCGGUUGUCAGUCAAGAAAAUGAUCAUUGUAUAUGGUAUGGAGUAUGUUACACGGAUGCAGCUAUGCACAAAAAGUAUUGUCCUUACGAUGGACCACCGAAGCCAUUGACAUCUGAAGGGCAAAAAUUGUUGGCUAAGCAUUGUCCACAUUUGUUGGUGGAUGAUGGCAAAGGAAUUAAUACCUGCUGCGAUACAACUCAGCUUGCUACGUUAGACUCAAAUAUCAAGCUUGCGUCAAAUUUUCUAAAAAGAUGCCCCAGUUGCUUAGAUAAUUUAGUGAAACAUUUUUGCGAUUUUACAUGCGCUGUUAAUCAAAGCAAAUUUAUCAACAUUACGGAGAAAGGCGAAGCAAAUGGUGUAGAAUAUAUUAACGGGAUAGCUGUAUAUAUAACAAAUAAAUAUCUUGACGGCACGUUUAACUCGUGCAAUAAGGUGUCAGUGCCGAGUACGGGGCAGUUAGCAUUGGAUUUAAUGUGCGGAGAAUGGGGUGCAAGUAGAUGUACUCCUUUGAAAUGGUUUCACUAUAUGGGUGAUGCGGAGAAUAAUGUUUAUGUACCUUUCCAAAUCACAUAUGUGAAUACUGACAAACCUGUCGGAUCAUUUGUGCCCGUAGACCCUCCAAUCACACCAUGCAGUACGGCGCUAAACAAAAAUACUCCAGCUUGCAGUUGCGUCGAUUGUGAACAAAGUUGUCCAGUACCACCACCGAUGCCUCCACUACCAAAACCGUUCUCAAUAUUUGGUUACGAUGGUUACGAAGUUAUAAUGACAAUUAUUUUUAUAUGUGGCACCUGCCUUUUCCUUCUGUUAAUGAUGUGUUUCAGUCAUAGGAAGCGUAUAGUUGCACGAGGAGAGGAGGUAGGCAGACAGGUGGGUAGACGGCUAGCUGCCGGAUUACACCCAGGAGAUGGUGCUCGUAUUGCCCUUGCCGCUGACCAAGAAGACAGUCCACUUCAGUCUAAGCGUUCUAGUGUCAUAUCUAGCGAUGAGUUGCCAGCUGAAUUUGACGAAGAACAAUCCACGUUUAUUGAGAAGCUUGGAGCAAAUACUGACAAAUUUUUGCAAGAAUUCUUCUGCAAGUGGGGAACAGUUUGCGCUUCUCGACCUUGGUUAAUACUUUUCCUUGGCUUCCUAUUGAUUGUUGCCUUGGGACAUGGCAUAAAAUACAUGCAAAUUACUACAGAUCCUGUGGAAUUAUGGGCAUCCCCGCAUUCCCGAUCGCGCGUCGAAAGGGAAUAUUUCGAUAAACAUUUUGAACCCUUUUAUCGAACUGAACAAAUUAUUAUUACUUCCGUUGGCUUACCGAAUAUCGUACACAAGACCUCCGAUGGCCCAAUUGUAUUUGGUCCUGUGUUUAAUAACACUUUUCUAAAAACAGUCUUUGAAUUGCAAGAAGGUAUUAAGAGUAUACGUACUCCCAACAACUAUACAUUAGCGAAUAUAUGUUUCGCUCCUUUAACUGGACCAUUUACCGGUCCGACGACUGUUUCGCAAUGCGCUAUUCAAAGUAUUUGGGGUUACUGGCAAGACGAUUUAGAAAAGUUUGAAGAUUCAGACCAAGAGGGGAAUUACACAAUAAACUAUUUGGACCACUUUAGAGUUUGCUCGCAAAAUGCAUAUAAUCCUGAAUGCCUCGCACUUUAUGGCGGUCCAGUAGAGCCAGCAAUUGCAGUAGGUGGAUUUUUGUCUCCGGGGCAAGAUCUUCACAAUCCACCAUAUGAAAAGGCAACUGCUAUAAUCCUUACUUUUCUCGUAAACAAUUAUCACAACAAAGCCAAGUUGUUACCCGCUAUGGAAUGGGAAGAAAGCUAUAUCAACUUUAUGAAAAAUUGGACGGCAACAAGAAAACCGGCAUUUAUGAACAUGGCGUUUACGUCCGAACGUUCUAUCGAGGAUGAACUGAAUCGUGAAUCUCAAUCGGACAUUGUAACCAUUCUGGUAUCAUAUAUCAUUAUGUUUGGAUAUAUUGCGGUGUCUCUUGGCCAAAUUAGAUCAUGUUCCCGUCUUUUGCACGAUUCCAAGAUUACUCUUGGACUUGGAGGUGUACUUAUAGUGUUGGCGUCUGUGAUUUGUUCGGUUGGAUUGUUCGGUUUUAUCGGUAUACCAGCUACACUAAUCAUCAUUGAGGUCAUUCCAUUCUUGGUGCUGGCAGUCGGAGUAGAUAAUAUUUUUAUUCUCGUUCAAACUCAUCAGAGAGAAGGCAGACGCCCGAACGAAUCGAUCCCGGAACAUAUCGGUCGUACGUUAGGUCAAGUUGGUCCUAGUAUGUUACUCACAAGUGUGUCGGAAAGCUGUUGCUUCUUCCUUGGUGGCCUCUCUGAUAUGCCUGCCGUGAAAGCGUUUGCCCUCUAUGCUGGAAUGGCAUUAUUAGUAGAUUUCAUAUUACAAAUCACAUGUUUUGUCAGUCUUUUAGCACUUGACACAAUUCGGCACGCGAAUAAUAGGCUAGAUGUAUGUUGCUUUAUUCGCUCCAAGCGAGAUGAUGGGGAAGAAGUGGUAGAUGGAGUACUGUAUAAAAUUUUCAAAGUUGGAUACGUCCCAUUAUUGCUGCAAAAAUGGGUUCGCGCAAUUGUGAUGGUUGUGUUUUUCGGUUGGCUCUGCAGUAGUAUUGCCGUAAUACCGCAUAUAGAAAUUGGCCUAGAUCAGGAACUUUCUAUGCCCGAAGAUAGUUUUGUGCUUAAAUAUUUCCAGUUCUUGAAUAAUUACUUAUCUAUCGGGCCGCCAAUGUAUUUUGUUGUUAAAGAUGGCCUAAAUUAUUCAGAUACGAAAAUGCAAAACUUAGUGUGCGGUGGACAGUAUUGUAAUAGCGAUUCAGUGUCGACGCAAAUAUUUAGUGCAUCUAAACAACCAAAUAGAACUUACAUAGCUAAGCCUGCUUCAUCUUGGAUGGAUGAUUAUAUCGAUUGGUCGGGAUUAUACGGUUGUUGCAGAUAUUUUCCUACGAACAAUUCAUUUUGUCCGCAUACCGAUCGGCACUGUUCUCUUUGUAAUGCCACUUUGAACGAAUACAAUAGACCAGUGCCCGUUGACUUCAACAAAUAUGUAUCGUUCUUCCUACAAGACAAUCCCGACGAGACAUGUGCUAAAGGGGGUCAUGCAGCUUACGGACAUGGUGUGAAUUACAUUACCGAUCCUAACACGGGAAUGUCGACAGUCGGUGCUUCUUAUUUCAUGGCUUAUCACACUAUUCUCAAGACAUCGGCCGAUUAUUAUGAAUCGAUGAGAGCAGCCAGAGUAGUGGCGGCGAAUAUCACAAACAUGCUCAACUGUAACUUGAGAAAGCUCAGUAAAAACACUACCGUAGAAGUUUUUCCCUACAGUGUUUUCUAUGUAUUUUACGAGCAGUAUCUGACUAUGUGGCCCGACACAUUGCAGAGUAUAGGAAUCUCAUUGCUCGCUAUAUUUGUGGUUACUUUCUUGCUAAUGGGUUUGGAUAUCUUCUCAUCACUUGUGGUUCUAAUUACAAUCACAAUGAUCGUCGUUAAUAUUGGUGGUUUAAUGUAUUGGUGGCAUAUAACUUUGAAUGCAGUAUCUCUGGUAAAUCUUGUCAUGGCAGUUGGUAUAGCCGUCGAGUUUUGCAGUCAUCUGGUACAUUCUUUCUCUGUGUCGGUUCAAGCAACUAGAGUUGAAAGAGUCGCAGAUGCAUUGACAAAUAUGGGAAGCUCAGUAUUUAGCGGUAUUACGCUGACAAAGUUUGGCGGUAUUAUAGUACUGGGCUUUGCAAAAAGUCAAAUUUUCCAGGUAUUUUACUUCAGAAUGUAUUUGGGUAUCGUACUAUUUGGAGCGGCACAUGGUCUCAUCUUUUUGCCGGUACUGCUAAGUUAUAUAGGCGUGAUGUCGCGCCGAGGGCGUACAAGAGCCCGCGAACUCGCGAGCGGAAGUGAAGCUAGGCGUCACGAACGUGACAAGCCGGAUUCUCCUCUACUCCAAAACGACAACUAUCAACGCGCGUCCACUUCCUACGCCAGUGUGAACUCCAUCGAUGCGACUGAUCACCAUGUAAUAUUCUAACGAAGAAUUAACCACCGAUUUAAUCGGAUGCAAUUUUUGUACUUAGAAGGACUGAAGUGAAUCUAUUAAUCAAGUGUCAAUAUAAUCGUUUAUCUUGAGCCCGUGUGAACUGAGAGGGUUCUCUCUCUUUCACGAAAUCUCUUCUCCGAAAUAUAGAAAGUUUAAAACGAACUGUUUCUACGAAAUUCUUCGAGACUGGUGAACAUGUCCAUCUACGUUCAUAUCUGGCACAUUAUAUUUUAGCGAUAAAUAAAUUUGUAUAGUUCUAAGUCUUGGUCAUUUUUAGCAUAUUUAUUUCGGGCAAGGCUUUCUUUUCUUUUUUAAUAUAAUAUUAUAGAUUCUCACAGACUGUUCGAAAUUAAAAUAUUUCGCACGUGCGAACGCUUAAUCAUAUGCGUGAUCGAUUUUAAGUAGAAUAUAAUUUAUCUAGAAUGAAGAAUUUUUGUUUUCUUACUACUCAUUAAACAAAUUUAUUGAGAAUGGUGAUGAAAACGUGACGGAUAUAAAAUGCAUUUUUCUUUGUUUAAUGCAUUUCUCACGUGACAUGAAUCUUUUUUUCUGAUAUCGAUAUCCAGUUAUUACUUACAUAAGUAUGACAUUAAAAUAUUGACAGUUAAAACACUUGAUAUAUUAAAACGAUAUUGAAUUUAUUAAUGUAUAAAUUAUCUAAGAGGUUGGUAUCAUUUGUAAAAUAACCAUUGCCAUGGUUUAUUUUAGUGAUUUUAUCAAAAAUAAAUAUUACACUUAAAGAUUUCAUAUAUUUAAAACUAUGGUUAAAUUAGUCAUUAACUAAAUAUUUAUGAUACGUAACGAUAAAUUGUUCUAUAUGCCGUCCAUAAUAGUCAGUAUACAAGUUGAGUGAUGCAUGAAACGCAUACAAUCAAUUUUGAUAGUCGCAAUAGAGAUGAUAUCUAUAUCAGGAUAAAAGUUUUCAAGUCUUACAAUAAUCCAUAAGUUCCAUGGUGAAGCCAUCCAUCCAAGUCCAAUUAUUCUGAAUCUUACCAGAUCAUUCGAUUAUCUUGCUACAUCAGUACAUCUGAAAUUAUUUUGGAUUUUUCACACUGAUUACCUUUGGCUUCAGAUUACCGUUGUAAGAAUUCCGUUAAUGAAUGUUCGAUAAUAAGAAAUCAUCAGAGAAUUUAUUACAUACUAAUUUAUUACAUACUAAUCAUUGGUACUAAUCAUUAGUAUCAUUACGCGUAUGUGAAUAUAUAUUCUUGGCAUAAAUGGUAUGAAUGUUGUAAAUCUUCACCAUGUUACUUAAAGAUUAAAUUUCCGUCGUAAAAUGUAUAAUUAUCAGUAUUGUUGGUUAGAUUUAAGUAUGUUUUGUCUAUUUCUUAGGUAAAUAUCCUGCUUUAUUACCAAGUUCCGAAUUUAUGACAUGUAUAUUAAGUUAAGGUCAGGCAAAGUAAAAUAGUUUCCUUGUCGCUAGCUUACUAUGGGUCAAUAGAGAACAUUAUUUCUACGUGUAAGAUUCAAAUAUUUUUCACAUUAUUUUUAUUAUGCCGUUUUUUGAGAUUAUUUUUUGAAAACUUUAGCGAUAAUCCUCACAAUUCUAAUGUCCUAUUUCUUUUCUAUUCCAUAUAAUUAUUAGAUAUUCAGGCAACAUAAAUAUCUGAGAGACGUGUAAAGAAACGUAAAAUAUGAAUCUUUAAGAUGCUCUUUUAAAUAUCGUUUUGAUUGGCUAAAAUUGUACCAUAUUUCGAUAUAACGGAAAAUGUAUUUGUCUUUUUUAUGAAAAAGAAGAAUAAAGUAAUGAAAUUUGAAACCUUAAUAAAUAUUAUAAAUGUAUGGGUAAUAUACCUGGAUGACUGGAAAUAAAAAGAGUUUGUCGUAGAAAUUAUUAAGUGGUAAAUUACUUUAGCAGAAGCAUCAAAUCGAGCUCGAAAAUAAUCAUCGAUGGAACACAAGUCAUUACUUAAUUACGAAAAUGAGGAAAAUUACGCAUGAAUUAUCUUUUACGCUAUAUGCGAACAAGUUUUAUAAAUAAAUUACAUGAAACAACCAAUACAAAUAUAGCUUAGAAUCUCACGUAGCAUGGAUCAUACAUUAGUUUAAAAAGUCCAAGUUAUUGCUACAUGCAAUAAAAGAUUAAAAAAGCAUUGCAGAUAAAAAGCUCAAUCACACGUUAUAUACUUAUUAUAUAAAUUGUACAAGAAUUGAUUUUAUGAUCCUUAGUGAGCAAAAACCUCAAAGAAACGAAAUACGAAUCUUAUCAAUCCUAACAAUCGACCUGUUCAAAAUAUACUUGUGUUAUAUUUGAAUGAUUAAAAUUAAUUGAGAGAAUCGCAAAAUAUGUAUUCAAGUACAUUUUUCUUUGCUAAGCUUUGCAAUCUCAGGCUUUGCUGACUGUAUUCUAUUAUUCCAACAAGAAGUUUGAUUACUGGUUGAUUAUUUAGGCACGAAUUUAUUAUAAUUUAGUCGAAUAUUUAGAAUUAUGUAAGGUUUUUGUCGAAUGAAAUAGAAUGGAAUAGUUUAUAUUACAUUCACGUGUUAGGUUUCCAAUGCGGAGUAGAUUCGCCAAUCUUAUCGCCGUAAUGCGCUUUGUCGAUGUAAGUUCUUUAUGAAAUACGGCGCUUUUGCUCGAUGUAUAUGUAACAAAUUUUGCAACAGUGUCUUUUGUUUGUAUACAUAACAAAAACUUUAGCGGGUAACGUAAUCUUAAUAUGUUUUUCUAAAUGCCUGAUGCUUACUUCCUGUUUGAAAGAACUUAUGGAUUCGAGCGUUUUAUAUAGAGAGUGUAACUUUUAUACCAAUCGUCAAGCAGUACAUACAAUUACAAAAGAAAUAAGGAACUCGCUAGAUACAUACGAAGUUGUUAAUAUUUCUCAAGUUGUUAUUGCGAUGUAUGUAUAUUUGCGUGCAGAUGAAUGUAUAAGACACGAAAAAGAGCGACGGCUGCGUUAAAUGUUAUAAAUGGUAUACAAAAAAAAAUGUCGUGAAAUGUACAAGUUUAUUGUCUGGCAGACAUAUGCGUGUGUUCGAUAUACGUAUGAAGCGAUAUCUUUCGUUAAAUUAAUGUAUAUUAUACUGGUUUGUUCGAAGAAUACUACGCGUAAAUGAUCUUCGAUUUACACUGCACCGUGUAUAUGACGAAAUGCAUAUCAAUAGAAGCUUCGAUAUAAAUAUGAAAUAUUGUGAAGGAGUGAAAAAGUGUAAGCGUCAAAUUAAAUUAUAAUGUUAUGAUGGAUAAACGGAAAAUGAAAGAAAAGAAAACUCAGAGAAGCAUCUCAAGUAGCAUGCAAAGCGUACUGUGUUGUCACAUAAAUGGAAAUAAAUUUUCUCUUGUUUGUACCAUA